GGUAAUCCCUUGGGUAGGGUUACCCCGCCACCAGGAAAUUAUCUCACACCGUCACCGGGAAGCCUUCAUGCCGGGGAAAAAAAACCUGAACGCCGCUCAAAAACAUCCCGCCACGAAACACUCAUGAGGGUUUCUUGUCUGACAAGUGGGAAAAUCUGUCACAUUGUGCUGGAAAUGGCUCUGGCUCCGCGUGUUUUUGGUUCGGCCGACGUGUUUAGACCCACGUGCCCUGUUGAUCAUUCACCACCAUCAUACAUCUGCGUUAUAUUAUUGUCGGAAAGUGACGCGAUCAAGACAGAUGACAACAAAACCAAGCUCCUUCGGAGGCACCAAGGUUUGUGGUUCGAUUCUACCUGUGAAUUAUCAGAUUUUGGAGAUUAAAAUUUUAGGUGGCUUAAGGAAGUUUGAAUCCAAGAAACUGAAGGCUAACACAGUCGAUUACAUAACUCUCAUUAGUGUUAAUGAUCCCUUUGUGAUGACAACAAGAAGCACGUUUAUGUUCCUGCAGAUGGUUAUGCACAUUAUAUCUAUGCAUUGGAUUUGGAAGUGUAAAGUGCACCAGCCACAUUAUUUUUGUGUCACCUCUGUUUUGGAUUCUUCAUUUUUCCUGAAAAGUUCAACAUCUAUUAUGAAUGAGAACCUGUGUAUUUGUUGUUGUGGAUAAUAAAAGAAACAUGUUCCUGCUUU